CUCAUGUCAUGGGCCAAAACCCAAGGCGUAGUCACCAACGGGAUCGAGCCCAGGAAGAUCCCCGGCCGAGGCACAGGGAUUCUGGCUACGCGCAAAAUCAAGGCUGAAGAAGAGAUCCUGAGAGUGCCUGCCCGGGUUCUGCGCUGCUUGGCAUCGGUGCCGUCGAGGGUGCGAGAGAGAUUGCCUGCGGACACGACGAUCCUAGCGUUGCUGGCAGCGGAUCUAGCGCUUGAUAAAAGUGCUAAUUCUGGGCCUUGGAAAGCUGUGUUGCCCAAGAUGAGUGAUUUCGAUGCCGGUAUGCCCAUGUUAUGGCCGAGGGAGUUGAGUGAUCUUUUGCCGCUGGAGUCUAGAGAACACCUCCGGAAGCGAGAAAAGGAGUUUCAGGGCAACUGGAACGCUUUCAAGGAUGCCUUUCCGGACGUUCCGUAUGAAGAGUAUACGUAUGCCUGGAUGAUUGUCAAUACGCGGUCGUUUUACAACGAGACGCCGGAGACGUUAAAGUACCCCUGGGAAGAUAGGCUGGCGCUAAUUCCCGUGGCCGACUUGUUUAACCAUUCAGAUGACGGCUGUAAGGUAUAUUAUUCGGCAGACGGAUAUCACAUUGUUGCGGAUCGAGAGUACAAGAAGGGUGAGGAGCUGUUCAUCUCAUACAGUAGUCAUUCAAAUGACUACAUCCUGCUGGAAUAUGGCUUCAUCCCUGAUGAGAGCCUAGAUGAUGACGUCUAUAUUGACGAUGCGGUAUUUCCUAAGCUGAGCGAGGGCCAGAAGGAAGAACUCGAGAAACGAGAUUUGCUGGGAGAGUAUCCUCUGGAAUCAUCUGCUGAGGAAUUUCGCCGCACACAGGGGGUCUUGCGUCUACUUUCUUGUACUACCAAGGAGUUUUAUGACUUUCUUGAUGGUAAGGAAAAGGGGCAACUUGUUCAAGAGCGGGUUGACAGGUUUCUUGUGGGUUUGCUUGAGGAAUUUUUGAAUGGCAUUAUUGCGAAGCGGCUGCGAGAGAUUGAAGAGCUGAAAGUUGGUCGGGCAGAUCAGAGGGCGCUUCUGGCUAAACGAUGGAUGCAAAUUGAGGGGCUGAUAAGAAAUAAGGUUGGAAGUUAUCAAAAUGGCUCGAAUUAGAGCGGUUGCUGUUGGGAUAAUGAGAUAGAAGGGGGAAUGGAAAGAUAUAGACAUACACGACAUGGGACGAUAUAAUUAUAGAAUGGCGCAUUUGAUGGGGAUGGAGUUGCUUCUUAAAAGCUGGAUAUAAUACACGAUCCAUUUUUGCCUUGGUUCCUUUUAAGUAUUACUUCUAAUUGAUCUAUAU